AACAGCUUUCUUGGUUCACUUUUCUUUGCCGCUCGUGAGGAACGGAAGCAGUGCGUUCGUCCGUCUUGCAAUUGCUGCCCAGUUGGUGAAAAGUUCAAAGUGCGCAAAAAUACAUACCACCAAGAUUCUUUGAUUAUAUAACUUUGGUCAGGAAUCAGUAAGAAAAAGUUAUCGUUACGAAAAUACAGUAGAAAUGGAUGUGGCUGUAAAGCAGGAAGUAAAUGGUUCGCCAUUACCUCAGCGUCCUCAGCAGCAACAACAUGGUGGUGCUCCGGGACCAAUGCACGGUAAUAACCAGCCUGGUCCCGAUCAGCAUGGACCUGGUGGACCGGCUAACAAGAAUAUGAACAAAAAUAAUCGCAAUAAUAGUAAGAACCGACUCAGUAUGCCAAUCCGUAAUCGUGGGCCGGGCGGAGUUGGUGGUAUUGGCGGUGGUGGUGGUGGUGGCAGCGGCAGUGGUGGUAAUGUGAACAACGGAGGUCCGGGAAACAAUCGUCCCGGCAAUAAUGGUGGAAAUCCUCAGCAAAUGGGCGGAGAAGAUUUUGGUCCUAACCAACAUCAAAACCGCGGAGGCAUGAAUCGUGGCAACAAUCGCGGUGGAAACGAUAUGGAUAACAACUUCGGCGAUCGUCGUCGUGGUGGUGGUGAGGCAUAUUUCAUCAGUGAGAAACUUCGUUUGCUCGCCGGUCCUUUGCUUGAAAUCCCUCCUAUUGAGGUACAUGACGCAAAAUUUUCCGGUCGUAAUCGGUUGUACGUCGGUAAUUUGACAACGGAUGUAACGGAAGAAGAGCUUGUGGAAAUGUUCAAACCGUUUGGCGAAAUUAAUGAGGUGUUCAUGAAUAAGGAGAAAAACUACGCCUUCGUGCGUGUAGAUUAUCUCUCCAAUGCUGAAGAAGCAAAGCGAAGCCUUGACGGCACCUCGCGUAAGAAUCGUGUGCUGCGCGUUCGAUUCGCUCCGAAUGCAACCGCAAUUCGUGUGAAAAAUUUGACACCAUAUGUAACGAAUGAGCUGUUGUACAAAUCGUUCGAGGUGUUUGGACCACUGGAACGAGCAGUCGUUCAGGUUGAUGAGCGUGGUAAGCCGACCGGAGAGGGUAUUGUGGAGUUUAAGAACAAACCCGGUGCUUUGGCAGCUAUACGAUUCUGUACAGAGAAAUGCUACUUCCUCACGACGUCUUUGCGUCCAGUCAUUGUGGAACCGUACACAUAUCAGGACGACAAUGAUGGUCUGCCGGAAAAAUCUCUCAACAAGAAGCAGAGCGAAUUUUUGAAAGCACGCCAGCAGGGACCGCGCUUUGCCGAGCACGGCUCGUUCGAGUUUGAGUAUGGACAACGCUGGAAACACAUGCACGAGUUGUUUAAGCAGAAGGCCGAAUCACUAAAGCGUGAGAUGAUCAUGGAAGAAGAAAAGCUAGAGGCACAGAUGGAGUACGCUCGAUUCGAGCAGGAAACCGAACAGUUGCGAGAGCAGCUACGUCAACGCGAAAUGGAUCGCGAUCGGCAGAAAGCCGAAUGGGAAAUGAAGGAACGUCAAGUGCAGGAAGCGCGACAGCGCAAUGAUAUCCAGAUGAAAACCGAUAUUGAAGAAAUGACUAACAGAAUCAAACGAUCGGAUGAAGAAUUACAUCGCAGACAAAAGGAAAACACCAUGUUCAUGCAGAAUCGUCAGAUGAUGGAACAGCAGCAAAUGAACGACAUGGGCAUGGGAAGUGGAGGUGAUGCCGGUGGUGGCAUCGAUAAUCGCCGUAACUUCGACAUGAUGAACCAAGGAGGCGGUAAUGGUGGUAACUUCGGCAAUAUGUUUGAACAAGAGUACUUAACAGAGCUGCUUAACAUAAUUCAUAUUGGAGCUAAGAAUGGCGCAAAUGUUCAAAGAUGGUCAACUAAAAGUAUGAAACAGACUAAUAAUUCAGGCAGCAAGAAAAACAAUCGAAGUCAAAAAUAUUUCGCCUCUAAAAACUGCUAAUCACUUCCACGUGGUGGUGUAGAGCGCCAACAAUCGAUUUAACAUUCGAGCUGCAAAAAAAUUGAAGCAUUGAAGAUGCUGUCUCGAGCUGAAAAGGAGUAGCUCCAAUUCGAAAAAGCGAGUUGGAUACGUGAAGAGUAACAGUCAUAAAGAGAGGCAUUAGCUUCGUAUCAACAACUUCCCAAAAGGAUCGUUGGCCAAUUCGUGGCUCGUGACAUUCGUGGAAAGGAAUCGUUAGAAAGAAGCAUUAGCUUCGUAUCAACAACUUCCCAAAAGGAUCGUAGGCCAAUUCAUGGCUCGUGACAUUCGUGGAAAGGAAUCGUUAGAUAGAAGCAUUAGCUUCGUAUUAUCAACAACUUUCCAAAAGAAUCGUUGGCCAAUUCGUGGCUCGUGACAUUCGUGGAAAGGAAUCGUUAGAAAGAAGCAUUAGCUUCGUAUCAACAACUUCCCAAAAGGAUCAUAGAUUGUUCAAUACAUUCCUGCUACUCGUUUUUUCUGAGCAAUCAUCAGUAAACUAAGUGGUUGGAUCUCUGUGACUUGAAAAGUGAGACCCGUUUUUAUCUAUUGGAAUGUAUCCAGAACAAGAUCGAAUGGUAUGAGGUUUCCGCUUAUCACAUGCUGUUCCAUUCUUCUUUCAUCCUGGAAACAGCGCGCAUACAUGACAUGGUUAGUUUCGUCGAGCCAAAAACGAUUAUGAAUGCAAAAUCUUACAAUUGUAACGUAUGCGCACUGAUGCAAUCGGUGUAAAUCUGAGCGUAAAAAAACAAUAAAAGUCAAAAAUAUUUCGCCUCUAAAAACUGCUAAUCACUUCCACGUGGUGUAGAGCGCCAACAAUCGAUUUAACAUUCGAGCUGCAAAAAAAUUGAAGCAUUGAAGAUGCUGUCUCGAGCUGAAAAGGAGUAGCUCCAAUUCGAAAAAGCGAGUUGGAUACGUGAAGAGUAACAGUCAUAAAGAGAGGCAUUAGCUUCGUAUCAACAACUUCCCAAAAGGAUCGUUGGCCAAUUCGUGGCUCGUGACAUUCGUGGAAAGGAAUCGUUAGAAAGAAGCAUUAGCUUCGUAUCAACAACUUCCCAAAAGGAUCGUUGGCCAAUUCGUGGCUCGUGACAUUCGUGGAAAGGAAUCGUUAGAAAGAAGCAUUAGCUUCGUAUCAACAACUUCCCAAAAGGAUCGUAGACUGUUGAAUACAUUUCUGCUAUUCGUUUCUUCUGGGCAAUCAUCGGUAUUCUAAAUUGCUGGAUCUAUGAGACUUGAAAAGUCAGACCCGUUUUUAUGGAAGACACAAUCCUAUUUGAAUGUUUCCAGAACGAGGUAUGUUCUAUGACGUUGCACCGAAACAGCGACUUUACUGAGGAUAAACUUUGAACUAAAAGCAAAUUUAACAGUGUGACCAAGAUGUAGUAACCGGUCCAUUAUGUGUUAGCGAGCAAUAGCAACAUAUUCGGAAGGAAACCAAAUAACAUACGCAGCGCAUAACUGAGCUCCUAUAGUGUUCAUCGACACUAGAAAACUUUUAAAAUAGCUAAGGGUGGCUUGCAGUCGAUAACCAAUCGGAACUAAACUGUGUGAUAUUGGCGAAUUUACUGUCAAACAGAACGAAUGAAAAGCGGAAAUGGCUUUGUUGGUUGGCUAGAAACGAAUCCUGCUGGCAGUACAGCACCAGCAGUUUCGACGCCCGUAGUUGGCUGUACCAAAGAAAUCUUCUUAACUUCAGUUUCAAUGAAUGUGACCAAGUCAGAUGGAGCGUCUGCAUUUCACGGACCGAUAUCAUCGAUACUGUUUAAAAUGUAAAAUAAAGUUAAAAAGUUAAUAAAACAAAA